GUUUGUAUUGUUUGUUUGGGUGAUUGUUUUGCUGCUUGUUCAUGAAUUUCUGCGUUAAUAAUAUAGUUGAUUUAGCAUAAUCGCGAUGCCUUGCAUCGUUCCGUUCUGUGAUCCGGAGGGCAGAAGCUUUACCCUCCGAUUUCCUCGCAACGAACUUCUCAUCAAACGAUGGUACCAUGCGAUCGAGCUAGGCUCGGGCGUUGCAUUACCAGCUGAUCUGGAUCCAUUGGAAGCAGAAGUUUGUCAGCAACAUUUUCAUGAGGUGGACGAGUACAGUGAGCCGGUUCUGUUCCGAAAUGUAAGCAUGGGACAAGUGCAGCUAACCAGCUGUCGGUUGUGUUUGGACUUCAAUUUUGUGGACAAAUUUGUUACACAUCGCAGUGAGAUGACUUUCCAGAAAACAGCUAUCGGUGAAAUGCUGAAUGCCACCGGCUGCAACAUACACAUGACAGGCUCGGAUUUUUUGAAUGAUAUUUGUGAGGAAUGCUUGGUACGGUUGGAUCUUUUUGUGGCCAUUCGGCAAAAACUGCUAGAGAAAGCCAAGUGCUUCAAACGCAUGGAAUUAUUUAUUAGCGAGGAGAACCGACUCCGGUUCAAGAAGGUGGCCAAAGUUGAGAUAACAAAUGAGAAUAUAAUUGUGGAAUCUCCGAAAAUUGUUGAAGAGGAAUUAAACUUCAAAGUUGAAACGAAGUCUGAACAGAUGGUGAAUGAUUUUGAUCACAUUGACACUCUUGAGGAAGUGGAUGUUCAAGAUAACGAUUGCAAGGAAAUCUCACAUAAUAGAGAUAUUAUGUCCGAAGAAUUUAAACAAGAUGAAUAUCAAUCCCCGACAGUACCAAAAAGGAAACGAGGACGACCCCGAGGCACAGGACAACCAGUUGCCAGAGGAAAGUGUAAACUUAAAGGCUUAACAGAACGUAAGUGCUACAUGUGCGUUCGGCUGUUCGAUACUGCAGAGGAGCUAUUUUCCCAUAUGGUGGAGCACGUGGAACACAACUUGACUUGUGACGCCUGUGAUGAAUCGUUUCCUAACUUGACCAAGUACAAUCGGCAUCUAUCGAAGCAUGACCCGGUGGAGCGUCCGGUCAAGUGUGAUCAUUGCGAACUUAGGUUCACCGAUGGGCUUGGAAAACGACGUCAUGAAAAGUUAAAACACGACAUAGACCAUCCGGUUAGUAUGUUCAACUAUGCGGAUAGACCGAAGGGCAAAUUUACCUGCCAGCAUUGUGGAAAGCAGUGCAUGUCAUUAUCGUUCUUGAAGGAGCAUGAGGAUGCCCACGCAGGAAUAAAGCGACACGAGUGCAAAUCCUGUGGUCGACUGUUCGCCAACAAGAACAACCUUGAGCGGCAUCAUAUGAUUCACACAUCGGAAAAGCCUUACAAGUGCGACAUUUGUGGAAAAGCGUUUCGUCAAUCCCCCAUGUACAAGGACCAUCUUCGGUUACAUUCCGGAGAAACGCCAUACGCAUGUAACGGUUGUGAACUCCACUUCACAUCAACCACCCUUUUGCGGAAACACAAAAUCCGUUUCCAUGGCGCUUCCUCGGCUCAGAGUCCGAGUGGACUCGCUGCUCCUCGCAGUCAGAACUAUUGCCGGUUCUGUACGAUAGCAUUCAAGCGUCACUCUCUUUUGAUUGACCACAUCGUGCGGUCCCAUCCGACUGAACAGGUUGUGUUCUUCCAAUGUGAACUGUGCGAGCAACGAUUCGUGGACAAGCAAGCGUUUGAAUUACACGAACGGAAUCACGACAAACACUUCCAGUGCGCUUAUUGUGACAGAGCGUUCAGCACAUUGCAGGCACUGCAAUCGCACGAACCGAUGCAUGAUGGAGUGCGUGGAUUUACCUGCAAAACCUGCUCGAAGAUUUUCAGUCACUUGGCCAAUCUGAAGCGGCAUGAAUUGCUCCAUCAGGGCAUUAAAAAACAUGAGUGCGACUUUUGUGGCAAACGGUUUGCGCAGUCCAAUCAACUCCACACUCACCGCCGGACACACACCGGGGAGAAGCCGUACGAGUGCCACAUGUGCGGGAAAAGAUUUGCCGACAAUAGCACCUUGUGCAAGCAUCGAAAAAGUGUCUGUAAGGCGGAUGGAAUGGUUGUUGCUGUUAAAGGUACGUAAUCAUUGUUCCAGAACAUGCUUUGACAAAUAGAUGGCUUUACUGAUAAAAUGGUCCGGAUGAAGUGUCCGAAAUUCCUUGACAUUAUUACUUAGGAUAAAUUAACUAUUUAGCCGGAAACCGAUCGAGAUCAUUUUUUAGAUGAUAUUGGUUUUUAGGAGAAAAAAGUC